AUGCUGAGCUUCCUGCUACACGGUCCUGCGGUGACACUGUGUUUGGGCUUCGCAUGUGUCCUGUCCCUAUGGAAUGCAGUGUCUGGUCUUAAAGAAGAAGCUAAGGAAGACAAGGGAAUGGCCCUCAGACCUGCAACAGUGUCUGGAAACAAAGGCCUCAAGAAGGAGAAAGACGGGCUCCUACUUGAUGCAGCAGAGUCUGUCUUCAGAGGAGAAGAAAAGAAGGUAAAGGGAGUGAAAGUUCUUGCUACCACAGAACUCCCAGCAAGGUCAGUUGAUCUGUCUGCACUCAACUUGACUGAGCUCGUGAAUGGGAUGCUGAGUAGAGCUUUAAAAGACAGCAAGAAGUUCUUCUCUUUGCUGAGCAUUACCUCUUACAGCUCCUUCGCUUUCCACAAGGUUUCUGUGGUCAUCUACAACAUUUCCAACCCAAAGACAGUGGACUCAGUCAAAUUCCCUACCAGGUACUGCUACUGUUUAAACAAUAGGACCAAUGACUUAUCAGAUUUCACGGCUUUGCUGGUGGACAUUGUUGGGAAUUCUACCAGCUACCUCACUGAGAUUUUUAAGUCAACCUCCAUCCUCUCAGUGAGUCAGACCAAUGAAUCUGACUGCGUCUUCAUCUGUGUGAUGGCGGGGAAGUCAGGGAGGAAUCUUUCUGACUUCUGGGAGGUAGUGGAGAAAUCCCCUGUUAUCAAUUACACAUUUACCAGAGGCGUGUCAAGUACUUUGGGUACAAUUACCAAGGAAACAAUCAGGACUUGGAGGCUCACAACCCAAACCCACCAGGCAUUGGCAAGUUCACAUCCUGCCAACUGGAGCACACAAGGAGUGUCUACUCUGAAGACCUUUCCCUGGACGAAGACAAGUACUCCUUCAGAGGGAGAGGUCACAGGAAGCACGAAGUUUCCUGGGCUUCCCCCUGGGACCACUGUCACACGGAGUGGUGCCUCUCACACACCUCCAGCCUCAAGUAACAUGACCAGAGCACCAUGGGUGAUAGAUAAGAGACAGACAUGGGCUUCCACACUAUCUGCACCCAAGGUUCAGACCAUGGAUAACACAUCUGGAGGGCCACUCUGGGAAAGCCGUCCCUCUACACCAACAUCCCCUGCAGAUGUUCAGCAGCUCAGGAGCACAGAAAACCUGUUGCAUCCUGCUGGAAUACUGGCUACAGUUGGCAGCCCAACACAGCCCAGCACAGCCUCAGGAACAGGUACCCCUAGCACCCAGACUCCAAGACCAACCAAGGCACCAGCCCCUAGAGACCCACAGACAGUUAAUGUUCCUGCAGAGUGGCCAUUCAGCACUGAGGAAGAGCCAGCCUUGAUCCCAGCACACCAGCAGGUUUCAAGGUGUCCUCAGCCACUCCUCAAAGAGGGAGCCAUGACAGCUGCUCCUCUCCUCCUGGCCAUCCAGAAGUUCAGCCCAUGCCUGAUGGAAUUGUGCCGCUUCUUCCAGCAGUGCUUGUGUGUGAGCCGAAAGCGGGAUCCCAGUCCAGAAGCUGCUAGGCACUGUCUGGAAUACUAUUCCUGGUUUCUGAAGAAUGCGACACUGAUCUGUCAGAGGGUGAAAAGACUGUCUCAUUCUCGCACCUUGAAGCAAAAAUGCCUUGAAAAUGUCUGCAAGUCUGUGUGACGACCUAACAAUGACUUCAGGCACCAAACCGUCACCCUGGCCCUUGUCCCAGCAUGGCUGCCUGCAAAAUUCAGACAGACUCCAGCCAGGUCAGCCAGGAACUAAAAAGAAUUCUCUUUGGAAGCAGCAAUUUUUUUUCUCUUCUGUGAAUAAGGCAGAGGCUUCAUUGCUGGAGUAAUACCAGGCUUCCCUGCCUGCUUUAGCACAAUGGAAACUUAGGAUCUAGGCUCCAGAACCUCCUGUAGGGCCUGUAGCAAUUAUGAUAACUGGGAGAGAAGGUUUGUGUUAGUGUGCACACAACGGUCCAGCACAGACACUGUGACACAAUACUGGGAGCAACUUAGACUUGGGACUUUUGCAUGACAAGAGGAUAAGCCGAAAAAGCCUGGUUUUACACUCCAGAGAGAUCUCCUUAUUUUGUUAUACAGUUGGAUCCUUGGUUGAAUAUAACUGUUCACACUUGCCAUGCUAAGGGAUUAAGAUCCUCUUCAAGUCCCUAAGAAGGAGGUGACAGAAACCUUUCCUCAGAAAGAGGUGUGGGGAAUUGUUUUUCUGGUGUCUUGUCUUGACU